GUUUUUGGUAGCACCAGCUCAGUAACUGUACCAGAAACACUGUUGUUUGUUUCAACUCUUGAUGGGAGUUUGCAUGCUGUCAGCAAGAGGACGGGAGCAAUCAAGUGGACUUUAAAAGAAGAUCCUGUGCUCCAGGUGCCAAUUCAUGUGGAAGAGCCAGCAUUUCUUCCUGACCCAAAUGAUGGCAGUUUGUAUACGCUGGGUGGCAAGAACAGUGAAGGCUUGACUAAACUUCCAUUUACAAUCCCAGAGCUGGUGCAGGCAUCUCCCUGUCGCAGUUCAGAUGGGAUCCUCUACAUGGGUAAAAAGCAGGAUAUUUGGUACGUGAUUGACCUCAUGACUGGGGAGAAACAGCAAACCUUGACCUCCUCAUUUGCAGAAAGUCUUUGCCCAUCAACAUCCCUCCUGUAUCUUGGGAGAACAGAGUACACAAUCACAAUGUAUGACACCAAGAAGAAGGAGCUGCGAUGGAAUGCCACCUACUUUGACUAUGCAGCUACUCUGCCAGAUGAAGACAUCAAAUACAAAAUGUCCCAUUUUGUGUCCAAUGGAGAUGGCCUGGUGGUGACCGUGGACAGCGAGUCCGGGGAUGUGCUGUGGAUCCAGAACUACGCGUCCCCAGUGGUGGCUUUUUACAUCUGGCAGCGCGAGGGGCUGCGGAAGGUUCUGCACACCAACGUGGGGAUAGAGACCCUGCGGUACCUCACCUUCAUGUCUGGGGAGGUUGGACACAUUACCAAGUGGAAAUACCCUUUCCCAAAGGAAACAGAGACCAAGAGCAAACUGACACCAACUCUCUAUGUAGGGAAAUACUCCACAAGCUUGUAUGCAUCACCCUCCAUGGUGCAUGAAGGAGUAACUGUUUUGCCCCGUGGCAGUGCCAUACCCUUGUUAGAGGGUCCGAAGACAGAAGGGGUCACGAUUGAGGACAAUGGCGAGUGCGUUAUCACCCCCAGCACGGAUGUGAAGUUCUCAGGCAGAUUGAAGAAGAACAAACUCAACUACUGGAACGACUGGCUCCUCAUAGGGCACCAUGAAACACCAUUAUCUGCCCCGACAAAAAUCCUGGAGAAAUUCCCAACCAACUUACCUAAGAGGCCUGAAAACGUGAUCCCGGCUGACUCUGAUAAAGCCACUAUUGAACAGGUUAUUGAUGUCAUUGAAGGCUCCUCAACAGAAGUGCCUCCUGCUCUUCCAAAGGAUCUGGAGGAGAAACCUGCUCGGACUGUCCCUCGGCCAGAGGCUCCUGUGGACUCCAUGUUGAAGGACAUGGCCACCAUCAUUCUCAGCACUUUCCUGCUUGUGGGCUGGGUGGCUUUUAUCAUCACGUACCCAAUGAGUAUGCAUCAGCAGCAACAGAGACAGCAUCAGCUGGAGGAGAAGAUACAGCUCCUGCAGCAACAGAAGCUGCCCUUCCGUGCUCCCAGCGACCUACCCCCAGAUGCAGAUUUCCUGGACACCUCUUAUGGGCAGACAGAGAGCUCAGCUACCAGCACCCCAAAUGUGUCCCCCAGAGCAUCAAACCAUUCUGCAUAUUCCAACGUCUCCACAUCUGAUGUUGGGAGCUGCCUCUCCACUGAGCAAGAUGAGGGAGAUGAGGAUGCAAAUAGAGUGAUGGUUGGCAAGAUUUCCUUUAACCCGAAAGAUGUCCUGGGACACGGUGCUGAAGGGACAAUUGUUUACAGGGGGACGUUUGAUAACCGUGAUGUUGCAGUGAAAAGAAUCCUCCCAGAGUGCUUCAGCUUUGCAGACCGGGAGGUGCAGCUGCUGCGGGAGUCGGAUGAGCAUCCCAACGUGAUCCGCUACUUCUGUACGGAGAAGGACCGGCAGUUCCAGUACAUCGCCAUCGAGCUCUGCGCUGCCACGCUGCAGGAGUACGUUGAGCAGAAGGCCUUCAGUCACCACGGUUUACAGCCCAUCACUCUCCUGCAACAGACAACAUCUGGUCUUGCUUACCUGCACUCCCUCAGCAUCGUCCACAGGGACCUGAAGCCCCAUAACAUCCUCAUUUCAAUGCCCAACGCCCACGGGCAAGUCAAAGCCAUGAUUUCAGACUUUGGGCUGUGCAAGAAGCUGGCCGUGGGCAGGCACAGCUUCAGCCGCCGCUCGGGCGUGCCCGGCACUGAAGGGUGGAUCGCCCCGGAGAUGCUGAGUGAAGAUUCCAAAGAGAACCCUACAUGUACCGUGGACAUCUUUUCAGCUGGCUGUGUCUUUUACUACGUGGUGUCUGAAGGCAGCCAUCCCUUUGGCAAAUCCCUGCAGCGCCAGGCCAACAUCCUGCUGGGCGCCUACAGCCUGCAGGCUCUGGACGCAGGGAGGCACGAAGACAUAGUUGCUCGUGAUUUAAUAGAGCAAAUGAUAAACAUGGAUCCUCAGAAACGUCCCUCUGCAAGCUGUGUGCUCAAACACCCAUUCUUUUGGAGUUUAGAAAAGCAGCUCCAGUUUUUUCAGGAUGUUAGUGACCGUAUAGAGAAAGAAUCUUUAGAUGGUCCAAUAGUCAAGCAAUUGGAAAGAGGUGGAAGAGAGGUGGUGAAGAUGGACUGGAGAGAGCACAUCACUGUUCCUCUUCAGACAGAUCUUCGAAAAUUCCGAUCCUACAAAGGGGGCUCCGUGCGGGAUCUCCUGAGGGCAAUGAGAAAUAAGAAGCACCAUUACAGAGAACUGCCUCCUGAAGUGCAGGAGACCCUGGGCUCCAUCCCAGAUGAAUUUGUAUGUUACUUUACAGCUCGUUUCCCUCACCUGCUCCUCCACACCUACCAUGCAAUGCACAUCUGCUGCCAAGAAAGACUGUUUCAGCAUUACUAUGAUCAGGACAUUGCAGAGCUGAGCCUUGCAGGUGACACUGUUUGA